AUGGAGGGCCAUACACAACAGCCCUCAGAGCGAAUUCCCGCCCUCCAGGAAUAUUUCGCACGAUGGUCACCCCAAAUCCAUCCAGUGAAAUCAGCAGAAGAAGAGUUUCAAGAGAAUCUCAAGAAAGACCAAGAUCUAUUGACUGGCCUGACGCAAAACUCAUUGGACAAACUCGAUGAGAUUGUCAGAUGCGCAACCCGCAUGCAACAGCUUCAGGCGCUGCAUGAAGAUACCAAGAAACAAAAGGAGCGCGAUUACCAGCAGAAGAUAUGGGAACAACAAAAGGCUCUCGUGUUGGAGCUUCACGGUCUAUUUGGUCCUGAACUUCGUCGGGAACUAUGCAAGAAUUGGUGCGAUUGUCGUGGUCUGCCUUCUUCAACUCCUUCCACUCAGUCAAACACUACGUCAGGCGCCGUCGACAUCGAACAACCCAGAGACAAGACUACCUCACGCUUCACUCCUAUUCCAGAAGAACGGACAAGCGCAAGUGAGCCACCCGAGAACAACACGAUAAAUUCCAUGCCGAGCCCUCCCAGCACCGAAAAUGCACCAGAGCCAAGCACCCACCCGAGCGGACCAGACAGAACCGAACAUGACACCUCAGCUGCUCCACGAAAGAGACCAGCCAACCCCCCCGCUGCCCGUCCGACGAAGCGCUCUCGACCGAACGUCACAGAAGGUCCCCUCACAGGAGACAGGACAAUUGAGUACGAACAGGUCUACCAGAACGGCAAAGCCGAACCAAAGUAUGUCAUUGCUGAGUAUAAUGGGUUCUGGUACAUCCUCGAGUGUAAGGAACACAGACUACACUUCAACAAUGACCCCAUACGCGGUGCCGCAAAGCAUCUUCGGGGUAAAAAGCAUAACAGGGCGUCUGUCAAUUACGAAGAGGCCAUCCGCGAGCUCGGAACGCGCGUUCUUGGCUGUGGUAAGAAAGAGGCCGCGGAUAAUAAUAUUGUUGCCCGAAGACCUUGUUACUCUCAGAUGGGCAAACCGGUCAAUAGCCUUUCACCCGCAGCUGGCCGCAGUAUCCCGACGCGGAGUAAUCAGAGUCCUACGGGGAUUGACCCAAAGCCUGGCGAAGUGUACACGACCUUUUGGAGCGAGACUAAGGAAUUUUAUGCUAUCUUGGUCUUACCCUGGCGCAAUACCGGACAGCUUGGUAAAGACUUGACUCUUACUGUCAAGGAUACCGGUCUUAUCAAGGAAGUUCCAUUUUGUUACCAGUAUAACCAGGCCGAUGGUUUAGUCGAAUGGGCACCUGGGUACCUCCCAGAUGGGCAGCACUACAGCAAGAGAAAAUAUCCGAUCAUGUAUUUUGACGCGUCUGUGUUCCCAGGGGAAUGUCGGGUAAACUGGGUCGCUGCUCGCGAGUUUGCACACUACGAUCCCAAGGUUGCUACUAUCCCGUUCAAAGACAUUGUGGAUGGCUUUAUUGCCUCGAGGAACAAAAGCGUCCAAGAAGCAGUAAAACAUCACAAUGGCCAGAGCAUUCACAAUCUUCCUUUGGUGUCAAUUCGCUAUUUUCACCCUACUAAUCGCAUGUGUCUUUGUAUUACUGGUCAUCAUACCAUGGUAAAACACGAGAACGGACAACGAAACCUCAGUGUCGACGCACCAACCGCCGAGAUCUUCCCGCGCGAACAGCCCGCAGGCGCUCGAGAGAUCAUCGUGAUAGAUGAUGAUAGCGACGAUGAUACAGAAAGCCGGUAUCAAGUGCCGGAUACCUCGAUCGGGUCUGACCAUCCCGUUCCCAAGACCGAACCCUCAGAUGAGUUUAUGACGGAUGUCCAUGACCAGCAAAGCACAAGCACCACCUGUGACACUGCGUCUUCGCAGCAGCCAUUCACAGUUCAAGAUCACACUCAGCUGUGCGAUGAUUUGCCCGAGUCUCAAUUACCAACUGGAGAUGCACCUCUUCAAGGUCCAACCUCAUGCGACAUGGAAGCCCAAACCCUCAAUUAUAGUCUGAUGCCGCAAUGUCCUGCAGCCUUUUUGCACGACCCAUAUCCGACCGACAACACGUAUAUUCAUCCACACCAGCUAUCUCAACCAGCUUCUACUGAUGCCCGUGCACCGGAAGCCAUCAUGGCGCCGUUGCCUCCCCGUCAGUCGCCUUCAGUCCCAGGCCUCGGCGACAGGUCUCGAACGCAACCAAAAGCCAUCCCUUGCCAAGAUGCCGAGUACACUUAUCUCAACCAAGCACGAAGUGCAUCAUCGCAAUUCCAACUUGACAGCGACGGUCAACUGAGAUGGAUUGCUCCCAAGACUCUGUCCGGGGUUGCUCCGAAGCAGAAGCCCAUGAGUGCCCGUCAGCAUGAAGAGCUUAGAACUCGGAUUCUGCCUACUGGUAAAGAGCCCCAGUCCUCUCAGCAUCAAGUGUCAAUAGUGACUUCUCAGCAACCGAGAAAUGUAACACCGCAUGGUUUUAAAAGAUCAUUUUAA